GGCUGCACUCUUCCUUUGCUUGUUUGUUCACCAAAUAGCUUCCAAAUCUCUACCCAUCUUGCAACAUCUAAGCUUCUCCCAGUCACAACCGGUCCCUCUGCUUCUUUUUUUUUAUGCUUCCCUAGAUCUACCCAAAACAGCAACCCACUUCUUCCAACUUCCAGAUCUACUGCCGGUGGCUCCAGAUUAAUUACCACACACGGUGGUCCCCCCGGGAACUCCUCUUGCCCCACAGAUCAACUUGGCUUGUGGCCGGUACUCACUUCCAGGCAGCCUUUCCUUGCUCAAGUUGCUUCCAUGGCCAGUGACCGAGAAGAGCAAACCAUGCCCACCGGAUCUGCUUCCAUGGCCGGUUCAAAGGCCACUCCUUGCUUGAGGUCACCUCCACCAAAUUUAAUUGAAAUCUUUCAAAACCGUAACCUUCAAGAUGAUAUAAACAAGGUACUUUCAUCCUCGGUUUCUUGAUGUUAUGGAAAAUAUUUCUGUUCUGGCCCCUCCACAACUCACCAAAAAAUCCGAAGGGAGGAAAGUAGUGAAAGAGAAUGAGGACCUGGAAUCUGCCAUGGCCGCCCAGAUCAGCCAACCAAAUCUGCCAAGGAGAGCUCCCAAACUUCAAGUCAAAAGGAAAUUUGUUGCUCCUGCAGAUUCCACGGAAGAAGAUACCCCCUCCAAGCAGCGAAGAACCGGAGGGAUCAAGAGGUCAACGGUAAAACCAUCUGCAGCCAAGAAACUUAUCAAAUCUGCCUCUCCCUCGAGGUCCUCUUCUGCCACGGAAACCGAGACACAACUUGACAAAACAGAAGAUGUUUCCUUCGGACCUGCUGCCACAAAAGCUCCCGUUGAAGACAUAUCUGCUGAGGGGUGAUGAAAGCAAUUCUGGCUCCACUCAUACCAAAUCUGGCGAUGGUUCUUCACCCGCCACAAAGGUUAGGGGUUCUAGAUUCUCUUCACGCAUAGCAAGCAAAAACUUUAGAACAGUUAGACUGAAUGAACUCAUCGAUCUAAGCCUAGACAAAGAGAAUACCCUUACACCUGUAGCUUCUCCUGCUAGGCAUGUUGAUGUUGAUGACAUUGAGGUUGUUUUACUGUUCUGAAAUCUGCUUAGAUCUUGAAAUUUGUCACCAUAUCUGCCAGUUGCCAUUUUUGAUCUUUGUCUUUACGUUUUAUAGAGUGAUGCUGCCGACGUGCCCAUGAUUGAUGAUGAUUUGGAAAAUGAACUCCUUGCUCAACUGGACAUGUUGAUGGAUACUCCGGCUAAAUCUGGAUCUGCCACAGAUAAAGGGAAGGCAGUUGCUGAAGAAGUGGAUUUUGAUAUCAACCUUCCUACUCAGGAGCAGAUUAGUUUUGCGAUCAUGACCUUGCAGGAGCUCCUUGAUGGUGGUCCCUCCCAUUUCUGCAAGGUGCCAGACCAGCCAGCUGCCUUUGAAGCGGCUCAAAUCCUUAGCCGAGCUCCACAGUUAUCAUCAUCUCAACAAAAAUUUUGGGCAGACUUCACCACCAUCUACACCCAUUUCAGCAGAAAAUUCUGGGUGCUUGAAAGCAAAGUAGCGGCUGCAGAUUCUGUCAGGAAGUCUGUAGCAGACAGCACUGCCACUGUUUUGAAGAAGAAAGAAGAAUUCUUGGCAGCAAAGGAAGCUCAUGUCAUGCAAGUUACACAUGUCCAAGGGCUCAAAGAAAAAAUCUCUAACCUUGAAGCCGAGCUUUCGGAGUUGAGAAACCAAGUCCCUCUUGCGGAGCAAUCUGAAAAGAGUUUGGCAGAACAAAGAAACAAGCUUCGCAUGGACAUGGAAGCUGGGUUGAAAUUUACUGCCAAGAUCAAGGAGCAGCUACCUUCCUUCACAGCCUCUGCAGACGAAGCCGUCGAAGAGAUAAAGACCAUGAAAGAGGAAUGGAGUUCAUGGCAAAACAACCUUAGUUGAUUUUUCUCUUAUGUAUCUUCUUAUCUCUUUGUUGGCUGGAAUUGCACAUUGUCAUGUUUGAACUUAUUGUUUGCGGCCUAUUGGCCAUGCGAACUUCUCUUCAAUGUUGAUUUCUUUUUUGGCUCAUAUUCUGGAAAUCUGCUUGCUGUACUUUUGUUCAUACUCUGGUACAGGUUGAAAUCUGUC